GAAAAUUUGACAGUUGCCGUCCGCGGCUACUCUGUCCGUGUAGUAGUGGGACUUGUCUCUUGUCGCGAAAUUGAUUUUGAUAUUGCUACUGUCGCUGUCAAAGGUGUUCGAAGAGUGCAGGUUGCAAUUUCCCACGGACUUGCUGCUAAAGUGGAGAAGGUUCUGACCAGAGAAGCCGUCGAAUAUUCGCUUCAGUCUUCGAGAAACGCCCAACCUCACCAAGGACGAUGGAGGCACUGUUCGAUGAGGUCGAGUCAUUGGAGGCGAUUUUAAUGGACGACGUCAGGAUUGCGAGGAACCCUGAAACAGAUAUUCCCGAAAUCAUUGAGACGACAGUUUUCCCGACAGUUGGAGAGGACACGGAACGUCAGUAUAUAUGCGUGACAUUGCAGGUACUCCCAUCAACCGGGUAUCCGGACGUUAGCCCCACAUUCAAACUACAAAAGCCUCGUGGGCUCGACGACGCUCGUCUGGCAGAAAUAAAGGAUGCGUGCACGAAGAAACUCUCAGAGUCUGUGGGGUUCCCCGUGGUUUUCGACUUGAUUGAGGUGAUCCGUGAACAUCUGACUGGCAGCAACUUGCCGAGUGGGCAGUGCGUAGUGUGUUUGUACGGGUUCCAGGACGGCGACGAGUUUACCAAGACCGAGUGCUAUCACUACCUGCACUCUUACUGUCUGGCCAGACACCUGGUUGCCUCGCGGCGAAAUUACAACGAGGAGCAGGACAAGCUGCCUGCCUGGCAAAGGAAGCAAUCAAAGCCGUUCGAGCCAGUUUGUCCGGUUUGUCGGGAACCGAUAAAGGAUGAUUAUGAUCACCUGCGAACGGCUAUGCCUCCCACAGAACUCGAAAUGGCUCCUGAAUUCCAUCUGACCGAGGAACUGCGACAUUUGCAAACGAGAAUGACAAGCCUGUUCUUACACCAAAAGAGUCGUGGGGGAAUUAUAGACGCGGGCGCCGAAGAAAACAACGUUAUAUCCCUCGCGCCAGAGGAACAGUUGAGUGAAGAACAGAAGAACUCGGAGGACGCAGUGGACAGUACAAGUCGCAGUGAUAUCCCAGCAGAACCGCAUUUCGUCACGCCAGUGCAGCAGCCAAAUGCACAAACACAACGCCAGCAAGUCAGUCGCUCAAACCAUCACCGCGGCGGAAGCAGUCGGAACCACAGCCAUCCUUCGCCAGCCGCCAGCACUCAACGUUACACCAACGAAUCGACGAACAACAAUUACUCACACCACAACCGGCGUCACUACAAUCGUGGGCGACGGCACCACAACCAUGGUCACCACCAUCAUUAUCAGCAACAAUCACAGCAGCAAGCACCAGCCAACGACCAGACUUCGUGCAGCCCGAGCACGAGAUGACAAUGGCGUUCGGCUGCCAACAACGCUAUCGGAAUGAAAACGCCGAUUUCUUGCUUAUGAUUUAUCGUGUCGCGGUCGCCAUCGUCGUCGGGAAAUUCACGCUCGUUCGAAGCAAAUAGUCUAGUCCUAAUCGAACUUCUAAGUCGGUGGCUCAGGUUCACCGCUUUCAAUUAUUAAUUCUCCCAGAUAGCCAGCAACAAGUGCGUCCAUGUUUUCCAGUUACAUUGGGUUGAGUUGCAGGAUUUUCCCACAAGAGGAUGACCAUUUAAAUUUCCAAUUUCAACUAUGGUUCUUCGUGUCUGAUUACCCAAAUUCCCGUCCUCCGAAUGCAACCUCCCAAUAUUUGUCUUCAACCCAAUCCCUCUACGUGAAAUUCUCCAGCCAAUUACGUUACCUCCCCAAUUAGCAUUCUACCAACUGGCAAGGACCACACCGGAAAAACUCGAUUAGAUAGCUUUACAAAUUUUUCAAUUCAUCAUGAACCCACUCAAAGACCUUGUUGUGCAUCUCCUACGUAACGAGCGAGGUAAAGUUACGAAUUAGACAAAGGACGGCAAAACGGAGACGAUCUUUAAAAUUGCGCCGCUUUCCUAUUACUUCGGCAAACCGACUAUCCUCAAAUGACUUCUUAGUAAAACUUUGCAUACAAAAUAAUUAUUUCCAUGACUCCGAUGGGACCCCCUGAUCUCGAAUGGUUUAGAAGACACUUUCUUGAUCCGCCCAUGUUUUUCAGAAGAUCUUUCUUUAGUUUUCACUUGGACUUUUCUUUUAAGUGAUGUUUUUGCUGUGGCAGGGAAUGUGGGAGCGGGAGCGGCUGCAGAGUGCAAUCUAGAAACACCCGUGAUGGAAGUACACUUGAUCGAUUCGAUUGGAAUUAAGAGUUUUGAAUCAUUCAGAACGUAGGCACAUAUAUAAUAUGAAAUACUCAAGAAGUAAAGACUUCAUAGUGGAUGUAUUUAUGAAUUUAAGCAUAGCGUGAGACUGUUGGUGUGUUUAGAGUAAGGAGAUACUUUAAUGCAUUCCUAGUCGAUUUUAUUUUAACAAUAGAUAUAUCGAAUAUAUUUAUGUACUCUUCCUUUUGUUUGUGACUUUGUUCAACUCCAGCCCAUGAAUAGCUGGACAUUAGUUGUAACGACUAUAUUUUAUUAACAACUUAAGGAAUUUAGUAUUUGAUGAUAAAAAGAGAAAUUCGAUUCAAAUUUAAUAAAAAACUGGAAAUUA